AUGAGUGAGACACUGACCCCCCAGCAGUCAGAGGGUUUGCCUUCAUUUGUACUCCAGUCCCUGGAGCUGAAGGGCCAGAAGGAUCAGUUGAGGUCCAUCUCAAAGCCCCACCCACAUCAGUUGGAUGACCUGAGUGGGGCCAGCCAGGAACAACUCUCAUCCAUAGCAGAAAUACUUAGAAAGGCUGUGUUGAACCGUCGCCUAGCUAUGGGAGAGGAUGGCGACAGUGUAUCACAAAGCAUGGAGUCUGCUGCUACUGGAUGGUCAAUUGACGCUUAGUCUGCUAACAGCUACCCUGGCAUAGUGAUGGUCCAUCAACCUAUAGCUGGCAUACAGCUAACCACCACUGAUUAGUCCAUCAAUACACAAAAACAUUUGUGUUAAUGGCUGCACAUUUUAUAUUGACAUCUUCAACAUUCCACAAGAUAUAUAUUAUAUUAUUUAUCACUGUUGUAAAAUUUAAGAAUAAAAUAUCUUUACAUAUGUGCAUUCCCUGACUAUGAACAUGGAUGUAAAUUUAUAAUUUACUUAAACUGCUAUGAUUCAUUUCAAAGUCUGUAUGUUAGUCUAUGUCAAGAUAAAACAAAACAGUAUAUCUUAAGUCUAA